CCCAAAAAGGACACAUAUUUGAAAAAUGUAUCCUUCUUUGUAAUAGUUGCCUGCCUUUUGUCAAAGUAAGCAUUUUGUAAACAAGAAAAUCUGCUAGACUCGCCCUCUGGUGGUAGCCUACAAGUUCUGCAUACAUGAUUUGACAGUUGUGUUUUGAGUCCAUGGAUGAUGUAAAAAUGUAAUGGUCUCUCUGUAUAGUAUUUACUUUGCUCUGUGGAUGCCACACUGCCACUACAAUGAUGUCGUUGGUAUUAAAUGUAUCAAUCCGCCAGUGGAGAUUUUAGUGUAGGUGGUGCUGGAGGAGGAACCCAGCCGCUAGAGGCCGCUGGUCGGGUUUUGCCUUUCUUUCCCCGGUGUUGAAUGCAGCGGGGCUGGAGGUCAGAGUUGAAUGUUUGACAGAGCUGAAUAUGGAUUCCAUAUUUCAUGAGAAACAAGAGGGCUCUCUUUGCGCCCAGCACUGUCUCAACAACCUUCUGCAGGGUGAGUAUUUCACUCCUGUAGAUUUGUCCUCCAUUGCUCAUCAGCUUGAUGAAGAGGAGAGAAUGAGGAUGGCUGAGGGAGGUAUGGCCAGUGAGGAGUAUAGGACCUUCUUACAGCAACCUUCUGGGAACAUGGAUGACAGCGGAUUCUUUUCAAUACAAGUAAUUAGCAAUGCUCUGAGAGUGUGGGGCUUGGAGCUAAUCCUCUUCAACAGCCGGGAAUACCAGAGCCUGAUGAUUAAUCCAAUAAAUGAGAAAGCCUUCAUUUGCAACUACAAGGAGCACUGGUUUACUAUACGCAAACUUGGACAACAGUGGUUUAACCUGAAUUCCCUAUUGACUGGACCAGAGUUGAUAUCAGAUACCUAUCUAGCCCUUUUCCUUGCGCAGUUACAACAAGAAGGUUAUUCCAUAUUUGUGAUCCGAGGAAACCUCCCUGAGUGUGAAGCAGAGCAGAUCCUUGGGAUCAUGAGAGUGCACCAGCAGCAGCGGCCAAGGCUUAUUGGAGAGGAUGAAGCCCAGACAAGUGCAGGCAGGUCAGCAGCUCUGAAUCAAACCGAGAUCGGCUUUGGUGUGGAGGAUGAGGUUGUGGAUGAUGAUGAAGAGCUGAAGAGAGCUCUGGCACUCAGCAGACAGGACAUAGAUGUUGAAGAUGAAGAAGCUGAUCUUCGCAGGGCCAUACAGCUCAGCAUGCAAGGAGCAGUGAUGAGCAACAAGUCCUCAGAGUCUGAAAUGGGAAAUGUGAAAUCAGGGAGCCAGGUAGCAGGGACUGCUGCAGGAGGACAAAAAGAAGGCCAGAGUGACGCACUCACAGCCGAGGAACUGCGAAAGAGGAGACAAGCCUAUUUUGAUCGGCAGCACCAACAAGCUCACCCGAACAUUCCUCAACAACCAGACACAAAAUCAACAGGUGGCUCAGUUAACACCGGCUCUGAAGAGGACCAACAACAGAAGCACAGCCAGUGAAGAAGGUGUGAAAGGUGUGCCUAUGCUGUUUACCAGCUACCUGGAUUGGGAACCCCAUACAGGGGGGUAGCUUUGCUCCUUCCUCUUAACCUUUUGCACAUGCGAACAUAAGGACAGUCAGAAGGCUGACACGUUUCCCCUAGUUAGUUCGCUGACAGGCUAUAGGGAAGAGAACAACGACAAAGAAAAGUAGCAGUUAGUCUAAUCUAACUCACUGAGGCUGGGAAAAGGGUGACCACAGAGCUCAUGAUGCAGUUAAUCCAAGUUUGCAAUUGCCUUUUUACCAUGGCGCCUUCUAUUUCUAUUAUAUACUGUUUUUUAUUCUAAUUUUUCCUCUGGAAAAGAUUGAAAGGAAUUUUCAGCAUACAAACAGUGUGUUUACUUGAGUGGGGGUGAAUACUUCCAGAGAUGGGUGUUCUGUGAAAGCCAUAGGAGACCAAUGUUAAGACCACAUUUAAAAGUUUGAUAGCUAAUGACAGAGCCUCCUUCCUUUAUAUUGGAUUUGCAUUUGUAGGACAUAAUAUGUGAUUGCAACGCCUGCCCCACAAGAACACCAUUGCAGUUUUAAAAUCAUUUCUUGUUGCAAUGUACUGAAAUAUCCUUUAGCCAGCAGCACUAACAUGUGUGGGUCAUUUAUUCCUGACAUCAUCAAUCAUUUUACUUAUGAAUGUCUAAGGGUGAACUCCCUAACUAUUUAGACAACAACAUUAAUUUAAUGUUGUGGCUUUUUACCUUUUAAGCGUAUAAGUAGGCAUAAUGAAUAAUGUAAGAUCACAUAGCCCACAAACGCUUUAAUUGUGUUUUGUCCAUUUUUGAAGGACAGGAAACUAAAUAAUUCUAUAGAGCUAUUGGCUGAGACUAAGAUACUUUUGACUGAUGCAUAGUUUUCAUAUCCUGUCCGGGAAAAGUUGACAUGUAAUGGGGAACAAAGAAGCAAUCUGUUAACACCAUGAAAGUGCAGCUGAUAGAUAGAAUACAUUGUUCAUUUUUCCAGCACAGUGUGAUCACCUAAAACCAAACAAACAGUCUUACAUGUCCAACCAGCCUACAUUGUAUAUGACUUCAUCUCUUGUUUCUCUUCAUCAGUAUUUGUCAUUCACCGUUAAGGGAACUAAUUAUAAAGAAAAUUUUGUUGUUGAUUUUUUUUCUUCCUUUAAUGCAACUUCACAAAUUGUUGAUAGUUUUACUCUCAUGUAUUAUAGCCCCUGAAAUACAUGUUUAAUUGCACUGAUUUGACUCAUCCUGUAUUCCAACAAUACUUAGACCAAUGUUGUUACAAAUUAGUCGUUGGCUGAUUGAUGGCCUUUGGAAAUAACAGUAAAAUAGUGACAAUGACGGGUGACUGUUAUUUAACCUCAUAAUUUGUAUAAUUUUAAAUCCAAAGAGAAACAAAAUAUCACAAAUGUGUCACUGUGCAUACACUUUGAAGUGUUUGUGUGUGUGUGUGUGUGUAUGUGUGUGUGUGUGUGUGUGUGUGUAUAUAUAUAUAUAUAUAUAUA